AUGAGCCCUGAAAAUACUUGCAUCAGCAUGGUGAUUCAUGCCGCCACCCGCUGCGCAUUGAUAUGCCCAUGCUUCGCACGUUUCCAACGCGGAAACAGUUUGAGCGCCGUAACUAGCAAGAAGAAGAAAGAAAUACGUCUUAUCCCUGUCCCGCCGCGGCAGCUUCACCCUCCAACCUCUAGGUCGUCACCCGUGCCAAACAAGACGUCAUCAGCCGACGCAAACGCGACCAGCAGCGGUAGCACCAGGCGCGAGCCCGUCACUUUAUAUCGAGGCAAAACCUUCACGCGCUCUUCGGAAAGUGCUCGCUCGUCACGUUGCGGCUAA